AUGCUAUAAAAUAUAGCCCAAAAAAGAGAACAAUUUAUUGUUGGACUUAAAAAAAAAGCAAGAGAAGAAAUCUUUAGAAAAAAUAGAUUUCCAUAGUCUAAAGAAAUCAUUCCAUUUGCAUCAAGCAAUAUUAUUUUACAAUAAUCAUAUUAAAAUGCUUUUGAAAGCGGAAAUCAAUAGGUAAUUUGGCAAUUAAAUUUAGAACUUUAACUUAAUGAAUGAUGAUUCAUUAAUAGAUGAAACUAUUACUGACUGUAUUUUCAAAGUUUAGUAAUUAAGCAAUUAUUAUAAUGAAUAUGAUUGCGAACCUAAUUAUGAUACCACCAAAGAUGUAGAAAGGAUAUUCAAAAUCUUUAAUAUAGGUUAUCCUUAAAUAGAUGUAACUAAUAUUCAUUUUUUUAGAAAUCUUGUUUACAUAUUUUAUUAGCUAUUUCAGCUGGAAAUCAUUAAUAGGUUCAGCCUAUUCAUGAAUAUAUUCAAGUGCUUACAGAUUAUUAUUGUUCAACUUAUUAUACAGAAUUAUAAUAGUAUAUAUUAGAUAUAUUUGCAAAUCUUGCAUGUGAUUGUUAUCUAUGUAGAGAUCUAAUUCUAGUCCUCUAAGUGCCUAAAUGUUUAUGGUACAUUAUUUAUUUAAUUUUAAGGAAUUAUACACUCUAAUGUAAAUAGAAAUGCCUUUUUGAAGACUUUUAUUCUAUGAUUAUUAAUUUGGAUAGAAUGAAACCAGAAAUUAAUAAAUUUAAAUUAAUAGAAUUGCACGAUGUAUUUUAAGAUCUUUAUAUUUAACUCUAUAAUGCUAAAGAAAAGCAAUGGAUUUUAAAGUUAAUGAACAGGAUUUAUUCUUACGAUAAAUCUAAAUUAGAUUUAAGUUUUUUAAAUUAUCUUUUGGAAGGUGAUUACGACAAUAUCUAAUUAUGUGGAGAAAUAUUUAAAUAUUUUUAAUAUAUAUCUUUAUUAGGUAAUCUUUUUAUUAUUAUAUAGAUAAUGAAAUUACUUUAAAUUUUUAAUCUUAAAUGGCCUAAACUAUAAUUAAAACAAUUAAUAAAUAUUUAGAAUCAGAAAAUAUUUCAGGAGGAGAAUUAAAGAUUUUAAUUAAAAGAGGAUUUGUUACAUUAAGUAAUUUUAUUACAGAUGAUCCUCAAAUUAUAAAUGAAUUUUUAGAAGAAGUCUUUCCAUUUAUUCAAAAUAUCCCUUUAACAUUUUUAGAGAGUGAUGAUUUUUUUUAAUUUCUCCAUUACAUAAUAAAGUUCUCCAAAGAUGAAGAUGUUAUAAAAUUAAACAAAGAUUAUAAAUUAAUUAAAUAAAUAUGUCAAGAACUAAAUGAUUAUUACCAAGAGAAAGGUAAUUAAUUUUUACAUAAUAUACUUUCCAUUUUAUACAGAUUUAUAGAAUUAGAUUAGGUUAAUAUGAAAAUAUUUAAUGAUGAAAAUUGUGAAUCAAGAAUAUUGUUUGUGUAAUAAAUGAAGAUAUCAGAUGAAAAUUAUGAUUUAGUAAAUAUGAUUUUAGAUAAACUUGAUUAAUGA